AUUCAUUGUUUUUUUUUUGCAGGAUCCUAACAGGCUCAUACGACAAGACGGCCAGGAUCUGGUCUGUGGAGGGCAAGGCGGUGAUGACAGUGGCCGGACACACAGAUGUGGUCAAAGAUGUAGCCUGGGUCAAAAGAGACGGUCUGACCUCUCUGCUUCUGACGGCCUCUCUGGACCAAACCAUCCUGCUGUGGGAGUGGAACUCCGAGAAGAACAAGGUGAAAGCGAGACACUGCUGUCGGGGACACACGGGGAGCGUCGACACUGUCGCCACGGACCCCACCGGCUCAAAGGUAAAGAGUGAUGGAGUAGAAAGGAGUGUAAAGAAAGAGGAGGAACAGAUUUAAG